GCUCGCGUGCCCACAAUAAUGCCGCACGUGAGCAGCAGCGGCGGCGGCGACGAUCUCGGCAGCGAAGACGAGGUCAAGGUCUUCAAGGAUGAGGGCGAGGAGGAGAAGAGGUCCUCGGAGAACCUUACCGAGGACAAGAGCGAUCUCAUUGAUCUCACGGAAUCCGAGGAAAAGGGCACGCUCGCCGGUGGGACCUAUGCGACGACGGGAAAACCGUCUGCGAGAUCCGACCUCAGUCCCGUUUUCGGAAAAGUGGAUCCAACACCUCAUACCUCUUCGUUCAACAUGGGCUACCUCGUUUCGCCAUAUCCGUAUCCUAACGGAGCCGGAGGACCCAUCCCCGUUUCUAUGGUGAGUAAUUCAGUUAUGCUUUCCUUGAUUUUAUUUUCAUUAAAAAUUUGGCAUGCCUCGGGCCACCAGUUUGCCCGCAUUGCAUCGUUUCUCUUGUCCUCGACGACGCAUCCGUACCGCGUCUUUUGUCCCGGCCCCGAUCUGACUUUGUCAGACAGUUCCAUGCCUUUUUAG